AUGACACGUGAUGAUCUCAACCGUCGCCGUCUCCGCGGUCUUUACGAUCGUAACAAACGCCGCGUCGCGGCGUUGGCCGACGCGCGGGACCGUCGGCGGGAGGGCGACGAUGAGGUCUUCGCGCCACGCCGCUACGUCGUCAGUGAACGCCGCACGCGCACGGAAGGCUUCGGCCGUGGCGGGGUGCAGGUCCGACAGGUGAUCCGCCGCGUAACGCGACUCCCCCCGCGGGAGAUGUUCCGCAGUCGGGGGAUUUUCCGCCGCGGGAAUCGCGAUCGCUUCCGCCGCGAUGACGGCGACCUCCGGGAAGGGCUGCGGGAGCGCUUUCAGGACCGCUUCCAGGAGCGUCGUCGGGGAGGGGGGCGUGGGAAUCGCGAGCGGGGGGGGCGUCUGGGCGACGCCGCACGGAGUCGUCUUCGCCUCCGCCGACGUCAGCGUCCGCCGCCGCCGCCGCCGAGGGGGCGUGGGAAUGAAACCCCUCGCGGAGGGGCGCUGAAUGAGCGCGGCGGGGGGAACCAGCGGCGGCCUCGCCCCGCGCGCGAGAAGUUCCCCACACGUGAACAGCUGGACGCGCAGCUCGACCGGUUUCGCGCGAACUAG